AGAUGGCCACCGGAAUAUGUGAAAAGUGUGCACAACUGCUAAAGGACUUCGUUGCUUAUGUAAAGAGAUUGCGGUCUGAACUUGUACAGAAGAUAACGGAGUGUAUAAAGAACCUGUCGAGAUGUAGCUGUCUGCGAAGGAAGAGAGCAACUGUUGCAUCCGAUAUCUCAGAGCAGCACGAGAGACAGGCUGCUCGGACACUACUGGACCACCUGGACACAGUGGAUUAUCCUCUACCCGUUGCUCUCCUGGAGCCAUACACAGCCCUACUGCUCUCUAAUGACAUAGAGGUUCAGAGGAUCACCACUCUGUCUCUGGUUCAUCUGCUAGUGAACAACAAAGUGAGUAAGGAGCAGGUGAUUGAGACAGGGAUGCUGAUGCCCCUGCUAGAGAUGCUCCAGUCUGGGGACCCCACUGUCCAGUGUAACUCCUGCCAAUGUAUUGCCUCACUGGCCUCCUCAGACUCAAACCGGGAAGCUAUUGUGUCAGCUGAAGGGGUGAUUCCACUACUGGUUUUAGCCAAGUCUUACGAUCCCCAAGUCCAACAGAAUGCAGUCUGGGCCCUUUUAAACCUCACACAGUCUGCGAGGACGAUGGGAGUGUUAUGUCAAGAAGGAGCCAUUCCUGUACUGGCACUUCUGUUGCAGUCCUCCAACUAUGAGGUCCAGUUCUACAGCUGCUCUGCCCUGAGCAAUAUAGCCACUGUCCCGGGCCAUCAUCCCAAAAUGUUUGGCAUUGGAGACCGUUUUCUGUUGAAGUCUCUGCUGACACUCAUGUCCUCAUCAGUGCAGAAGAAUGCAUCCCAAGCUUGCAGAUGCCUCCAAAUCCUUUCAGGGAAUGUUGUGACCCAGGAGCAGCUGAUGUACCUGAACUGUGUGUUGCCUCUGAAGGCCCUGCUGUGCUCCGCUACUCCCCCUCUGACUGAGUCUGCUAUAGCACUACUGUCUGAGCUAGCCACACACCAACCCAAUAGAGAGGGCCUGGUGAAUGAGGGCCUGGUACAGGUGAUAGGGCAGCUGCUCCUCUGUCACAGAUCCAGCUCCAUCAUCAACCACAGUGUUGUUACCAUCACCAACCUCAGCAGCACCAGCGAGGGACAGCAGGCUGUUAUGGACAGUGAGUGUGUAACGGGACUUCUCAAGGCCCUUGUGUCCAGUGUGACCUCAGAGGAGACCGUUCUUUGUGUCACUUCCUGUUUACAUCACCUGACAAGCUGGGACUUACUUCAGUCUCAUUUGGCCACAAAAAUGACUCCUGAACAUGUUUCAAGUCUGGUGAAGUUCUCUGCACAAAUGGACAAUCUAGAGCUGUCCUAUAGGUCUGCUUCCAUCAUCAGCAAACUAAAGAUGAACGAACAUGUCAUCCAACUACUGACGCCACAAUACGCUGCCAUCUCUGAAUAUCUCCUGAUGUACCUCAAGAACCAGGAAGUGCGAUUCCAACAGCUGAGUAUUGUUACUCUAUGCAACCUGAAGAAAGACAGAGAGUUUUCAGUGCUGAUGAGUGAUAGUGUGCUGGAGAAGCAGCUAAAAUGGGUGCAUGCACAGACGGAGCAGACCAGGCAGUUACUGCAGGCGAUUCAGAUGCCUCCAUCCUCCUGACCUGUCCACUGGAGCUCUCUCUGCUUCAGGACACGGACUGACACCUCUCUGCUUCAGGACACGGACCGACACCUCUCUGCUUCAGGACACGGACCGACACCUCUCUGCUUCAGGACACGGACUGACACCUCU